AUGGCUGGCUUGAGGAACAAGAGCUUGGUCCUGGCUUCCCUGCUGGGGCUCCUGGCGCUGCUCCUGUGCGGCAGCUCAGAGGCACAAAGCAACCAGGAUUGCUGCCUGUCUUACACCAGAGUGCGUCUGCCUCGCUGGGCCCUGAAGGGCUACACUGAACAGCUCUCCACUGAAGUCUGUGACAUCCAUGCCAUCAUUUUCCACACCCACAGUGGACUGAAAGUCUGUGUAAACCCUAAGGAAGGCUGGGUGAAGAAGCAUCUUCUUUUCCUGAGCCAGAAGCUCAGGAAGAUGUCAGAGUGAUACGGUUUCCAGCAGGGAACUAAAUACAGACGUGGCUGAAGAACCGCUAGGUUCAAUGUCUUGGUUGAGGUUGUUGCCUUGUACACUGUUGUGUGCUUACUCACUGCUGUCUCUGGCUUCUUUGGAACCGUUGAACUUCUUGAGUUGAUUCAUAUUGCAUCAACUGUUUUGCUUGUAUUAAGCAUUUUGUUAAAGUUUCUAUUUUUACUAAUAUG